AUGCAUCUGCUUUAUGCAUUCCUUGUUUUGCUCUCUUUUAGCGAUGGCUUCGACCCCAACUGUCCUGCAAGAUGCAGCUGUGACUCUGAGCCCUCGGUGCAAUGCUACAGGCUGACAGAGGCGCCAUCAGGCAUCCCCUCCACCACCAAGAAGCUGUACAUCAGCCACAGCAAAAUUCAACAUCUUCAGCUAUCUAACUUCACCAAGAAGUUGGCUCUAGAAGAUUUUAUUCUUCUGGCCAGUGGAACAGAAUCGGUAGAAAAUGAUACUUUCAAAACUCUGAGUACCUUGAAGACCUUGGAACUCUGGAAGAAUAAGCUCAGACGAGUCCCCAGGGCUCUCCCAGCCAGUCUUGAAGUGUUAAAACUAAAUGAUAAUUCAAUCUAUGUCCUACACGGAUCUGAUUUUGAAGGACUGGAGAAAUUAAAAACCCUUGAACUUAAAAACAACCUGAUCUCUUCUCUCUCUCCCAGCAUGCUCUCCUCCCUUGGCAGUCUGCAGAGUUUGAUGUUGGAUGGCAAUAAUAUCGAGUCUGUAGCUGGACCACUGGCACUGCCCCAUCUGAAACAUAUGAGUAUGGAGAAUAACAAACUACAUCUUAUACCAGCUAGCUUCUUCACUUCUCUUCAGUCUUUGCAGUUUCUCAGUUUCAGUGGUAACUUUCUGACUAAAAUUCCCAUUAAUCUGCCCAGAUCCUUGCUCUCUUUAAAGAUGGAGAGAAACCAGCUCAAAGUGGUAAGGUUUCGAGAUAUGAAACACUUGGAGAACCUAUCGCAUCUUUACCUGUCAGAAAACUCACUCUCUUCCAUCGAAGGGGCACAGCUCCUUGCCAAUUUAACCACUCUUGAAUUGUCCCAAAACCAGCUUCAAAUGUUGCCCCUCAGACUACCAGCAAGGCUACAAAAGCUUGAUAUUAGUAAUAAUCUGAUCCAGAGAGUUACGGUGCGAGACUUCCAGGACCUCCGAGACUUGAAACAUUUGUUCCUGGACAACAACUUUGUCAGCUCGUUUGAAGCUGGAGCCCUGCAGAGGUGUUCCCAGCUCUCCAACCUGGCGCUGGAGCAGAACCUGCUUCUGUCUAUACCUCUAAGGCUCCCCAGGACGUUAGCCAGGCUGGACCUCAAAGGCAAUGCCAUCCAGGAUAUCGCUGAGAGGGAGCUCAAGGAUCUAAAGCAGCUUCAGGUUCUAAACCUUAGGAACAACAAGAUCUCUGCCUUAAACUUCAAAGCCUUGGAGGGACUGCCUCGCCUCCGGCACCUGUAUCUGGAUGGAAAUCCAUGGAAUUGCACCUGCAGUCUCCUAAGAGUGAGGGAGGUCCUGAAGGCCAAGGGCACAGAUGUGAGGGGAGGACAAUGCGCGGCACCAGCCGAAAGACAAGGGGAGAGCUGGAUGUCUUCCAAGAAGAUCAUGAGGCAGUGUGAGCAACACCUACACCUGACCGAGAGAAGCAAAGAGGCCAAAAAGAAGUCAAAACCUGAAGAGCACUCCAGCAUCAGAAUCAACAUAGAUGAUGAUGAUGAUGAUUAUGAAAUUGAUUAAGUGCAGGCUUACUUUACAGUUUAGAAAAAGGUUUUGUUUCUUGUUUUUAAACAGGCUUCACUUUUAGAGCAUUUUUAGGUUCUCAGCAAAAUUGAGAGGAAGGUGCAGCGAUCUCACAGACAUGCCCUGUUCCCACACAGGCGCAACCCCCCUUACCACAGCCCCCGCUGUUUCUGGCACAUUUAUUGCAGUCAUGGCGCCUGCACAGGCACAUCAUGAUCACCUAAAGUCCACAGUUUACAUCAGGGUUCACGCUUAGUGUUGUGCAUUCUGUGGGUUUUGACAAACACAUAAUGACAGGUAUCCAUCACCACGGGAUCAUGCAGAGUAGUUUCGUUGCCCUAAAUAUUCUCCACGCUCCAGAAACAGUUUAAUGCUCAAUGUUAUAAGUAGAAAUAUACUACAUGUUUAGACAUAUGAAAGAUUAUUUUUUAAAAUUUU